CGACGCACGGACGUCCAUCCAUGCGUACCAGCAGAGCCUCACCGCCGGCGCGGCGGCGCGGCGCUAUAUUAUAAGAAUUGAAGAACCCAAGUCUUUGAGCUGGAGUCGUCCAUCGCGACAUACCAACUUAACCUUUCGUGACACAGACAGACCGGCCGCCGCCGUCGUCAAUGUCGAAGCUGCAGAGAUCGUCGGUGUCGUUCCGGCGUCAGGGCUCGUCGGGGCGCAUCUGGGACGACCCGCUGCGGGGCCUGGACCUCAAGGGGCUGUCGUCGUCGACGACGACGACGACGACGACGCCGAAGGCGGCGCCGUUGCACCCCGACGCCAGCCUUCUCGCGGGGGACCCCUCGCCCCGCGUGGUGUCCCGCUCGCUGCUGAUGCGCCACGCCGGCGCCGGCGCCUCAUCGGCAGGAAUCAUAGUGGAGAGCCCAGACGUGGUGGCCUCCGCGUCCCCGUCUGAUGCGGCCAGCGUCGGCGUCACCAGGGCAGACGGCGGCGAGCGCCAGGAGAGGCCCAAGAAGCUGCGGCGGAGGAUCUCGUCCGCGUUCUGCGCCUGCAUGGGGCAUCCCCCGGCGUCGCACGCGCAGCAGUAGGCAGGCUACGGUGCGUACUCAAAUCUACCAGCUGCAUGCGGUCCGUCGUGGGGAAUGGCUGACGCGCGGCCUGGGGUUCUCACUCUCUUUCUUGCUAUGCAACAAACAUUUGUGAUUUGUGCUUACGCGUGAGACCGUACUUGCUGUAAGAUUUUUCUCCCCUCUUUUCUGUGGAUGUCAUAGGAUAUAUCAAUUGCGCGAGGCCCUGGCUUCAAUUUUGGUGCUGUUUGAUUGUGGAUUUUGAACGGUAACGUAAACGUUAUCUGAUAACGAUGUAAAUGGAAAAAAAGUAAGCCGUUAUUU